CCAGCCCCUCAAUUUUCUCCACUUCCUGUACUCAAGCAACUGCAUCCCAAAAGAGGAAAAAAGUAGGAAAUAUCCUGCAAACGGUUCUAAAUAAGGCGUCCCGACGAACCGCUCGCGCUCGGCGCGUCUGCUCCCGGUUUAUCACGAAUGUGAAGAUUUCUUUUAGCCUACACGGUUUUUCUUAGAGAUUAUUGAUCGUUAUUGAUUGACUAUACGAGAGGAAACGACGCUUAGGGUUCAAAUUAGACCGACGUUAACCGGGCAGGGCGCAUGGGAUAAGGAAUAUUUAACAAACAAAAAAAUCCCGCUUGAAGCCAAAUCUGAAGAAGGUUAAGCCGUCAAAUGUAUUGGAAAAAUGAGGCUUUGGCCCCUCUAUCAGAGGGAAAUCAGUUUCUAUCCGAAGGAAUUCCCUCAAAACAGGUGAUCUCUCCAGACUCGCACAGCACACCGGGAGCCUCGCGCUGCGUGGACGCGCAACACGGACACGCGAUGUCACAGUCUGACGGAGAAUCUCACAGAUCUAAUAUGGAGAAAGAGGACACUCGCUCUUCGCCCAGUCCUCCGUCGACUCCGUCCAUCUGCUCGCCCCCGUCCAGCGCCUCGUCCGUGCCGUCCACCGGGAAGAACGUGUGUGCGAGCUGCGGGCUCGAGAUCCUCGACCGAUAUCUGCUCAAGGUUAAUAAUCUGAUCUGGCACGUGAGGUGUCUGGAAUGUUCCGUGUGCAGGACUUCACUACGUCAACACAACAGCUGCUACAUUAAAAACAAGGAAAUCUUCUGUAAAAUGGAUUAUUUCAGUAGGUUUGGUACUAAGUGUGCCCGGUGUGGCCGGCAGAUCUACGCCAGCGACUGGGUCCGGCGAGCCAGGGGCAAUGCCUACCAUCUGGCCUGUUUCGCCUGCUUCUCCUGCAAACGCCAGCUGUCCACAGGCGAGGAGUUCGGGCUGGUGGAGGAGAAAGUACUGUGUCGGAUCCAUUACGACACAAUGGUGGAGAACCUGAAACGGGCCGCUGAGAGUGGAAGCGGACUCACUCUGGAGGGGGCGGUGCCGUCGGAACAGGAUAGUCAACCGAAACCGGCCAAAAGGGCACGGACGUCCUUCACUGCGGAACAACUGCAGGUAAUGCAGGCACAGUUUGCACAGGACAACAACCCUGACGCUCAGACCCUGCAGAAGUUGGCAGACAUGACAGGAUUGAGUAGACGAGUCAUACAGGUUUGGUUUCAAAACUGCAGAGCGAGACAUAAAAAGCACACUCCACAGCACGGCGGCCCACCUCAAGCUCACCCACAGGCCCGCAUGCCCCCCUCACUGCCAGACGAGCUGCAUUACUCCCCUUUCGGCAGUCCCGAGAGAGCGCGCAUGGUGGCCCUACACGGGUACAUCGAAAGUUGGGCAGGUCAUCCGUUCUCGGUGCUCACUUCACAGAGCCUCCCUCAUCAGGCCAUGACGCUGCCGCAGCUCCCUCUCAGCCGCUAGCGCUCGCACUGACCCCUGACCCCUUCACCCUGACCUUCCAAUCACUCCUGCGCCGACCCCACAGGCUGAAGGAGAAGGUCACGGUACCACUUGCUCUUGACCUCUGAACUCGCAAGGAGAGAGACUGUUUCCUCUCUGGUUUUCGCUGGACGGGAUUUUACUCACUUGCAUCUAGUCGUGGAUGGUUAAGAGAAACCGCAUUUGUGACCUGUGAAUUUAGGACUUGCAUCACCGAGACCAGGAUCUGGACUUCUGGACACAAGAAAGAAAAGAAGAAAAAAAAAAAGACUCGAGCACACACUGUAACAGACUAGCACUCUUGGUUCGCCCCUUCUCCUGAUAGUCCCGUCUGACUCUUGUUCAGCGUUUGGAGACUCUGAAUGCAAACUAAAAGGAUGUAAAGUUACCAGGAUCAGUGUUAAACAUUUAGGUUGAAAAAGGGAAAAGCACAAGAGAUGUGGAUGGGAAAUAAGUGGCAUAGGACCAGGUGGUAAGACAUGUUUUCUCUCUUUUUCCUCACCGAAACACGCCACGAUUGAACGUGGAUGUUGUACUAAGCAAGUGAUACGAAUGGACGCUUCUUAAAAAAAACUUAAGUUCACUUCACUUUUGCUUGCUGUCUUGUUCUUACACCCAUAUGCAAAGUAUCCGUGUUUUCCUAAAAAGGCCAGCAGGGUUGAAUGUUCCACAGAUUUAAUUUGAAAAAAGAAUCAAACUGUUCUUAAAUUUUAAGUCCAACACUUAAUUGUAUAAUUAACUGCCGACCUCUUGUUUUAAAAGGAGAUUGUUUGUUAAAAAACGGAUUGAUUCAUUUUAGAUCCAUCCAAGUGACAUGUUAAAUAAUAAUUUCUAGUCUAAGGUUGAAUUUUUCAAAAGGUCCUGAAACCUUCCCUAAUUUUAUUAUUUUCAAAAAGGCAUUGCAACUGUUGUCCUACCAGUUUACUGCAACCAUAAACUACAAAUAAUGUUGAUCUUACUGUGAGAUUAUUUCAAAUAGAACACAGUGCUCUCAACAAUUGUACUAAAAAGAGAGAAAGAAAAUAUCAAACGUGAGGAUUUUCAAUGACAAACAACACUAUUUUGUGCAAAAGAUGGAAAGGAAGAGGACGACUGAGACUAAAAAGAGCACUUGAGUGAAAUGUAAAGAUAGCUACAUGUAAAGAAAAUGUACAUGUAAUGUAUUUUUAUUUAAGCAGUGUCCUGAGACCAAUGUGUCUGUGUUUCAUUGUUUUCUUCAUACACGUGUGCUGUAUAUGCCUCAGCUGUGAUCAGAGAGCAGGAGUGUUGGGUGUACAGCUCUGAAACCGGGGGGAAAAGUCUGAAAUUGUAACUUAAAUUUGAGAAAUACAUUUUCUUGUGUUCUGAAUGAGGGACAAGGCCUCUACAUUCUUGUAUUUAUUAUGACAGGUAGCCUGUAAGCACUUUCCCCCAGUUCCACAUGUCUGUUUUGUAAAAAAAAAAAAAAUAAUGAACUAUUUCUA